UCAACAUGUAAAAUUAGAACGAAAAUUGAGGGAAAAAAAAGAGGUGAAAAAAAAGCAGAGCGUUUUCGAAUGGCCACGGCCGUCCUCCGCCGCCCACUCCUCGCCGCCGCCGCCGCCGCCGCCGCCGUCUCCUCCACCUCCUCCUCCUUCCGCCCCUCCCGCUUCCAUCUCCGGCGAUGUAGAUACCCACCCCCUGUAUUCGCCGUCUCCUCCGACUCCCCAAAGCCGGUUACCUCCUCUUCUACCGGCGGUGACAACCCCGACGAGGAGCCUGUCCUUCCCCUCUUGCAAGAACUCGCGGAUUGCUUGGUUCUCCCGCCCAAAUUCCUGUCCCAGCUUCCCCGCGACCUUCGCCUCGAUCUCAAUGAUGCGGCAUUUGAUCUCUCCAAUGGGCCUGUUCUUGACGAGUGUGGCCAAGAGGUAGGUGAUCUGCUGCUCAACCUUGCAAAGGCAUGGGAGAUGGCUGACACAUCGACAUCAAACAACCUUGUCAAGCAACUUCCUUCAAUGGAACCCUACUUGACCGGCAGUGCCAAAUCAGCAUUUGGCAAGCGGCUGAUGUCAGCUGGAAGGAGGUUUACGUCCAUGGGACAAUACGGCAAGGGAGAGCUGAAGAAGAUUGCUGAAACAAUGAGCAAAACCGGUAAGCUGCUAUCAAAACGUCCAGUAGUUCAAUCUGAAGUAGAGGCUAUGAAAGUAAAAAGGAAAUUGAAGUUUUUAGAACUUGAGUUUGAGUUGACAGCAGAAAAGGCAAAUAUUGGAGCUGCAGUUGGACUUGUUUUCGGAUUUCUCUCAUGGCAACUAGCACGUGGUAUACAAAACAUUCCAGACGGCUCAAUGCAGUACGCAAACGACAACGCGUUGCAGAUGGCCAAGUCACUCAAGGUCUCACUGCUUGUUCUUGGCUACACAUCUACUGCCCUCUCUGUUUUCACAUCAAUCGGGCUGCUGUUGCUGGCGCAGCAGAUCAACUCUGAUGACAAAACGGAGUAGCUGCCUACCAGUUGUCUGAAACUGUCGAUGUGCCAUUGUGUGUGCUCUAAUCAGUGGAUCAUGAUUUCAUGACACAUUCAUAGCGUUCUGUUGUACCAGUGUAAUUAGCAACGCAACUGGAUAAUCUGUGUAUAAAUUACGGAAUGUUUCUGUACAAGAAUUUUAAGUUCACAUUGUUCGUCAGUGACUUCUCAAGAUCUUGAAUUGAAAGGUUGAAGCAGCUCAGGACUGACUGACUA